AUGGAAAUCGAAUCACCAACUAUCUGUUGUGCUUAUUGGAGCAAACCAGCAUCAUUAUUAUUUAAAAGAAGGCGAGGUUCGAAUAAUUCACUAACAAUAUCAAUUACUCCAAAACAUCGUCUUAUCAGUAGUCCACCAGCUGACUGCCCGCCUGAUGAAUAUUUAUUAACAGCCACACGAAAAUUAACUAUUGAUGAACUUCAUAAACAUGCACAAGAUGCUCGAUUACUCUAUCAUGAAUUUUGGACAAUUCCAACAAAUCAUCUAGAAAAACUUCGUAUAUGUGGUGCUGGUACAAAAAAUCGUUAUGGUACAAUUAUUGCUAAUGAGCAUUCUCGAGUGAAGUUACCUGAACUUUCCGGUGAUCCACUUUCAUCAUAUAUCAAUGCAAAUUAUGUUAAUGGAUAUCCAAAUGAAUAUCAGACAUUUAUUGCAACACAAGGACCACUUGCCAAUACAAUUAUUGAUUUCUAUCGAAUGAUUUGGCAAGAACAUGUGCCGGUUAUUGUUAUGAUAACUCGUUUAUAUGAAAAAAAUAAAGCAAAAUGUGAAAGAUAUAUUCCAGAUUCUGGAUCUAAUCAAUAUGGACCAUUUCAAGUUCAUGUUAAAUCUGUUUCACAUCAAUCUGAUUAUGAAAUACGUCGAUUGAUAAUUGAAUUCGAAAACGAACAACGCGAAGUGGAACAUUAUUGGUAUACAGCAUGGCCAGAUCAAUCCUGUCCCGAUGUAGCUCAACCAUUAAUUGAACUAGUGAAAAAUGUUGAAAAAACUCGUAUAGAAUUAACUGAUACGAAUAAACAUUCUGGACCUAUCGUUGUUCAUUGCAGUGCUGGUAUUGGUCGUACUGGCUGUUUUAUUGCAUUGAGCAAUGGUAUAAAGCAACUUGAUAAAGAACAUACUAUUGAUAUUGUUCGUAUACUUUGUGACUUACGUCGAGAUCGAGGUGGAAUGAUUCAAACGAAUGAUCAAUAUCAAUUUGUUUAUCAAGCAUUAAGCGAAUAUGCUAGAACGUUGCAAUCUUCAUCUUGA